AUGCAAAGCGUUGUAGCACCCGGUGCUGACUGGGGAUCGUCUGCUCAUCGAUUCCCAAACUAUGUGGACGGUGAAGCCACGUGGCCCGCUCAGUUACUAGCUGACACAUCUGGUCGUUGUACCACAUACGAGAGCUUCCAAACUACAGUUGCCGAGAAUCCUGAUCGACCAUAUCUAGGCGAACGCAAGGUUGUGCACAAUAAAGAUGGUAGCACAAGCGUCGGAGAUUACGAAUUCGUGAAUUUCAAAGAGGCAAGCGAUACUGCUACGCUGAUCGGCUCUGGACUAAAAAGCCUUGGUAUUAGGAAAAACCAGACCGUGGGAUUAUACUCCAAAAAUCGAAUGGAAUGGACGUUGACGGAUCACGCUUUGUCGUCAUACACCCUGCCAUCAGUGGCAAUCUACGAUACACUUGAUCCUGAUUCUGUACAAUAUGUUAUGGAGCAUAGCGAGAUGAUAGCUGCUUUCUUUGAGAAAAUUCGUCUUGAGUCCGUUCUUACAGCCAUUGGAAAGGGUCUACCAGAUCUCAAGUACGCCAUUUGCUUCGAUGUUGUCACAUCUGAGGACAAGGCUAGAAUCACGAAAGCUGGCGUUGAGCUACUCAACCUGUGCGAACUAAAGGAUAUGGGCGUGGCGAAUGUGUCCCCACACGAUCCUCCCACUGCAUCGGAUGUUGCGGUACUCAUGUACACAUCCGGCACUACAGGAAACCCAAAAGGUGUGCAAAUCACCCACAACAACUUGAUGGCGGAUGUAGUUUCACUUCAGAAACGUUUGCAUGUAAGUAACCAAGAUGUGCACUUUUCGUUCCUUCCCUUGGCUCACAUCUUUGAACGAGUGAUACAAGCGUUAUGCGUUAGCCGGGGAUGUAGCAUAGGUUUCUAUCAAGGUAAACUACCCGAGCUGAUGCUGGAUAUCCAGACCUUGAAGCCUACUUUCUUCAUCGCCGUGCCUCGUAUUCUUUCACGCAUCUACGACAAGAUCAACCAAGGUGUUAAGGCUGGGGUCCUUAUGACAUGCGUCUCGCAGCGUUGGAGCGCGGAGAGGACACCCCUAUGCUUAAUGAAAAGGUCUUUGAUCGCAUGGGCUUGGCACUUGGUGGACGUGUCAAAUGGAUCCUCACCGGGUCAGCGCCUCUAG